CCCUCAUGCCAUAGUGAACAGCCUCAAACUUGAAGAGACAACAGGAUGAUCAGCCAAUAUAUAAUCAUUUUGCUGUGCUUUGAAGUAGCAAUUUCUCAAGACGAUGUUGUCUCUCAGCCUCAUCUUACAGUUUCAGUGCAGCUUGGAGAAGAAGUCACUCUGGAGUGCUUUUUCGCCACUGAAAAAGUAGCUCAGCUGUUCUGGUUAAAGAAUCCCAUUGGAGAGACACCUAUAUGCAUGGCUUCAAGUUCUUAUAAUCUUGUGGGAACAAUGUCUUAUGGAGAAUUUUUAAACAAUGAAAGAAUGAAGGUGACAAAGGAUGAAGGAAGAUUUACUCUCAGUUUCUCCAGUGUUCAGCCAUCAGAUGAGGCAACAUACUACUGCACAGCUUAUUUCCUUAACUACAUGAGCUUUGGGAAUGGAACCUUACUGACUCUCAAGGGAUUAGAGGAGUCUAUGAACAGGAGUUUUGUGCAGAAGCCUGUGUCUAUACAAUUCCAAACAGGAGAUGAUGUAAUUCUGCAGUGUACAAUACACACUGAGACUUGUGCAGGAGAUCACAGUGUUUAUUGGUUCAGGCAUGGAUCAGGAGAAUCUCUUCCAGGAUUAAUUUACACCCAUGGAAUUAGAAGUGAUCAAUGUGAGAGGAGAUCUGUGGCUAGGCCUCCUACACGGAGCUGUGUCUAUAUUCUCCCCAAGAAGAACCUCAGCCUCUCUGAUGCUGGGACUUACUACUGUGCUGUGGCCAUAUGUAGGGAGAUCCUGUUUGGAAAUGGGACACUGCUGGAGAUUACAGGAACUGAUCACCACUGCAUAUACUUACACACGGUUGUUGCUUUGGUGACAACAAACAUUUUUUCAGUGAUUUUCAUCAUGGUGUACAUUUACAAGAAAAGACAGUUCUAUGAAGGGGGCAAAACACCUAUAUUUAAUCAAGUGGCAGAGAGUACAUCAAAAGACCAGGAUUCAGACACAGACAAAGUGAAUUAUGCAGCCUUGAAUUUAACUAACAGCAAAACUAAGACUAUCAGACAGUGGAGAGAGAUGGACACACAGGUUUUGUAUGCAGAUGUAAAGUGUCAACAAUGGGAUUAAAUGUUGUGAAAAUAUCAAUAAAAU